AUGACCACCACCACCCCCACCACCAAUGCAGGUCAGUGCGAGAACGGGGCCACGUGGGACGGCAUCAAGUGUAUAUGUCCCGGCGGGUUCUACGGGGAGCGUUGUGAGAUGGCCAUCUGCCUCAACGGUGGCACCUGGGAGAACGGCGUUUGCCUCUGCACCGAAAAUUUUGAGGGUGCUGAAUGCCAGUACGCCAAGGAGGUCAUCGAGUUGAAAAAUGUGACGGUGAACGCAACGGUGGAGAUGAAGACGAAGGUUGACAACAGGAAUUUCACAGAAGACCUGAAAAAUAAGUCCUCUCAAGCUUUCAAGGACUUUGAGAAGGAGUUCAAGACGAAGAUGAAUGACGUUUACAAGGACAUACCGGGCUACCAAGAUGUGGUGAUCUACGAACUGACGCACCUACAGGGGUCAACUCUGUAGGUUGGGGCAGCCUCAACGCUCCAAGUUCUGUCCCUGGAGCUCCUCCAGGAUGGUCCAAGCCCCACCCAGGGCAGCAUUGUGGUGAACUACACGGUCCUCCUGAAGGUGAUGGCCAACACCAAGGUCAACGAGACGGUGAAGACCAUCUCCCAGAGCCUUGUCAACGCCCUCACCAGCAACUCCAACUGCAGUGAGAGCUGUGAAGGAAGCAACUGUGACUUCUGCUUCAACCCUAACUUCACCAACGUUGCUGGCUAUGGCGUGGAAGAGGUUGAAACAAACCUGUGCGACGCCCUUGUUGAGGAGGACCUCAGGAUCCACUACACCCCAGUCGUCACCGCCACCGGUGUCCUCUGCAUCACCAGAUGUGACAAACGAUCCGCUGACCCUUACGUCUGCGUCCACGGCAAAUGCACCUUGAAGCGCGCGGGACCAGAGUGCGAGUGCUCGGACACGGCAGCGUUCUGGUACCAAGACAGCAUCUGCAGCUCACGGAUCAGCAAGAUCGGGGUGGCCGUAGGGGUACCGAUGACCGUGUCGGUCAUGGCCAUCGCCAUCUUCACCGUCUUUUUCAUGCGGGCUCAGAGGCAGAAGGAAGUGUACAGGGAGAAGUUGAGCUCCCGCAUGGACCUCUAUUGUGAUGCAGAUGAAAGCUGGACCAGGUCUGAGGGCUUUGCCAUCACCAACCAUGCAGCCACAGGGGAAGGCUCAGAGACCUCCAGCGCCACCUCUGUCCACCUGGAGAAGGUGGACACCACACAGAAGAUCCAGAUCCAACGACCGACCGUCAUCAUGCCCUGA